CGAAAAGCAGUGCAUUAACCACUUAUCAACUCCUUUCCUCUUUUUCCUCUUCUUCCUCCUCCUUCCAUCAAAUCGUCCCGAUGAACUUCUUGCGCGAACGAUCAUGUCGGCGUGCAAAUCUUCCCAAAAAUAGACAAUUUACAUGGACGGCAGAUCUUUAAUCCCGCAUGAAAUUUUAAUGCCGUCGUUUAGUGACAGCGCGGCGAACAGCGGUCCAGGGGGGUCGCUGGGUUCGGAGAAAGGCUCCAUGGGAUGCUUGCUUCUUUUAUACGGCCGCCGCGGCUACCCCCCACCCACAAUCGCACCCAUCACCCCUCCUCCCUCGCGUUUAAAUCUCUCUCUCGGCUUCCAUCUACCUCCUUUCGAAGCCAUCACUCCUUGGAAGCUCGAAUCGAGGGUUUGAGAGCUUUCGAAAUCGAUCUCCGAAUCGAUCCAAGGAGGAGGAGGAGGAGAUGGCGAGAAAGAAGAUCCGGGAAUACGACUCGAAGCGGCUCCUCAAGGAGCAUCUCAAGCGGAUCGCCGGUAUCGACCUCCAGAUCUGCUCUGCCCAGGUCACGGAAUCUACGGACUUCACUGAGUUAGUGAAAAAAGAGCCAUGGCUUUCAUCUAUGAAACUGGUCGUGAAGCCUGACAUGCUAUUUGGGAAGCGAGGCAAGAGUGGUUUGGUAGCUCUGGACUUAGAUAUUGGACAGGUGGCUCUGUUUGUGAAGGAACGCCUUGCAGUUGAGGUUGAAAUUGGUGGGUGCAAGGCCCCGAUCACCACAUUUAUAAUUGAGCCAUUUAUUCCCCAUGACCAAGAGUACUAUCUCUCGUUUGUCUCCGAGAGGCUUGGUUUCACCAUCAGCUUCUCAGAAUGUGGUGGAAUUGAAAUAGAAGAGAACUGGGACAAGGUUAAGACUAUCUUUCUUCCUAGUGAGAAGCCUAUGACGUCCGAGGCAUGUGCUCCACUUAUUGCAACCCUUCCCCUGGAGGUACGAGGGAAAAUAGGAGACUUCAUAAGAGGGGUUUUUGCUGUUUUCCAAGACUUGGACUUCACUUUUCUUGAGAUGAACCCAUUUGGUUUGAUAAAUGAGGAGCCAUACCCCUUUGAUAUGCGGGGAGAGUUGGAUGACACUGCUGCCUUCAAGAACUUCAAGAAGUGGGGGAAUAUAGAAUUUCCACUUCCUUUUGGCAGAGUCCUGAGCCCUACAGAAAGCUUUAUUCACAAACUUGAUGAAAAGACUAGUGCCUCCCUGAAGUUUACUGUUUUAAAUCCCAAAGGACGCAUAUGGACCAUGGUGGCUGGUGGUGGUGCUAGUGUCAUAUAUGCUGAUACCGUUGGUGACUUGGGUUAUGCAUCAGAGCUUGGAAACUAUGCAGAGUACAGUGGUGCUCCUAAUGAGGAUGAGGUCCUGCAGUAUGCUAGAGUGAUACUUGAUUCUGCGACUGCUGAUCCAGAUGGCCGAAAGAGGGCUCUUCUCAUUGGGGGGGGUAUAGCUAACUUCACUGAUGUUGCUGCUACUUUUGGUGGCAUUAUCCGUGCCCUAAGGGAGAAGGAAUCCAAGCUAAAGGCUGCCAGGAUGCACAUUUAUGUCCGAAGAGGUGGCCCUAAUUAUCAAACAGGUCUGGCCAAAAUGCGGGCUCUGGGUGAGGAGUUGGGCAUUCCUAUUAAGGUGUAUGGGCCAGAGGCAACGAUGACUGGAAUUUGCAAGCAAGCUAUUGAUUGCAUCAUGUCUGCUGCAUAAUUUUGAUUUCAUUUUCUCCUUUUGUGUUUCUCCAUCUAUUUUUUGUCAAGCAAAAAUCAGAAUUCAGUGAUUUAUCCAGAGUGGAUGAUAAAAAGAGAACAUUUAUAGAGAAUUAAUGAGUCAAUACUAUCCACAAUUUGGUUGCCUUCUCGAAUUUCUGCAGUGCAACUUGUGCUGAGUCAAUGUAGUUUUGUUCUAAUAGAAAUUUUCUGUUCCAGCUUGAA